AUGGCUAAUGAUGCUAAAGAAAAUGCACACAACCCGCUUUUUGUGCUGCGACAACAUGAUAGCCCGGUUCUUUCUUGUGCAUUUUAUCCUUCCCCAUGUAAUAAUAAUCAUUCGAGACUUUUUAUUAGCGGUGACAUCAACGGAACAGUCAUUGUUUGGGAUUUGUCACUUCGAAGAGCACUUUUAUCGUUCCAUCCAGUGAAAUGGGCCAUAGAACAGAAUCCCAUCAGUGGAUCAUCACCACUUUCGGUUGAAGGCGUGCUCGCGGUGGGGUUCUUAUGCUCUGGAAACAUUAGUAAUAUGAAAACAGUGCCGGAUAGGAAUGCUUCUAGAGAUCCAAUCAAACUUCCAGAAGAACAAAGUGUCUUGCCUGUACAGAAGUUUGCCGGUUCUAUCAAUGAGAUUGUGAGUUCUUCAUUGGUUUCCAAGCGUCCACUACGUCGACGUUUUCGCCUCGUUCGUGAUGCUCUUUACCAAAACGUUGACAAUAUCAAGUGCAGGGAAAUUAUAUAUUUCUUUAGUCAAUGCCGUAAUCAGCGCCUCUAUAUUUGGGAGUGCAAGCUAAACGAUGAGAAAGUAUCCUCGUUGUUCAGCUAUACAACGCCGCACUUACUGCAUACCAUACAAGUUCCACAGUACGGUUUUUGCGCUGUCGCAAGCUACUGUUGUAAUAAUGGUUCUACCGUUCUUGCGGUUCCACAUGACGCUCAGGGAGUCGUUUCUCUCUGGCGUGUUUCUGACAUAGAAGCAAUAGGUGAGAACAGUAGCACAGGGCGUCAAGAACCACAGGAAACUUCAGUUAAUCCCUUUUCUUCUACGUAUGGGCAAACGUCCGAUGCACCCCUAGACACUACUGCUAUAGGCCCGCAUGUUGCAUUAGAUGUGCAUGAAAUAACCCAACAGGGUAUGGAGCAUUGCACAUUGCCCGACAUAAGCCAGUCACCAGAUGAUGCACAGGUAUCCACAUUUACUGACUCUACAGUGGACAGCCUUCUGCAUCUUUAUUUUCUCGGUAGUUUUUGCACCUGCAAAGGUUUCAAAGGUGGCACUAUUCUGCAUAUCUAUAUCAGAGAUGAGCACCAUCUAAGUGUGUCAUUUGAAAGCGGUCACGUUGUGUUGUGUGAGUAUCAAACUCCUUUUCACGGAGUGCGGCAGGAAAACAGAGGAACAACGACACUACACCGGGAAGGUAAUGUUCUGCUAAGAAUUCUUGGCAUCGUGCGGGCCUUCCCAGAACCAUCCAUGACAUGCUUGUACCAUGGACAACGAAUCCUUGUUACCUCUACUGAAGGCCACGUUCAUUCCUAUCGCUUGAUUUGUCACCAUCGGGAGAUAACCGAGAAGGGCUAUACUCAAGAUAGCUGCGGUGACAGCGUAGUCUCACAUCCAAAGUCCUCUGAACAAGGUGAAUCGAUCCAUUUCUUCACGGCAUGGCAAAAUAAGUUUCCCAAAGGGUUGGGUAGCGCGAUACUUCAGGAUGAUUUUGCUGUUCUGGGCUGCUGGGAUCACAGCCUUCGAGUGCUAGAUGCACGCACUGGUGAGGUUCUUUCCACAUUACCUUUUCAUAUGGAGACGGUUAACAGUGUCUGCAUUGCGCCUUCUGCGGUUGCGAUGGAAGCAUCCUUUGGGUUCGAUCCUCGAGAACCCCGGUGUUACCAAUAUCAACCUCGUAUGAAUGAGAGCAGCACUGAUGGCUUGCAUGAAAAUAAUACGGGUGUGUACAUUUUUGCCUCAGCUAGCAAAGAUGGAUGCAUCGCAUUAUGGCGAGUCGAUUUUUUCGCAUUGCUGGAGAGAGAAAGAGUGGCAGGAAAAUUUUCUUCUAAAUCUUCCAUGCUAACAAAAAUGCUGCAUACAGUUGAAAUUGGAUAA